AUGAAGAACGUUCUUCAUUUCCCACCAACGCCUAUCAUGGACAGGUUCAUGAUGGCAUUCAUACAACACGUGCUUCCCGAGUUCCCGAUCAUCGACAGGAACAAGCUGCGGGACAUGUAUGAUGCGUUCGUCAAAGGGUUCGUGUUGUCUCCUCUUCUCUUCCAUUCGAUCCUUUACGCUGCUGCCUUGUAUGUGGACGAGACAGUCAUAAGUGAAGGCGGCUUUUCGUCUCGAGCUGCCGCAAAGGACUUUUUCUACACACGAGCCACGAUAUUAUACGGCAUGGACUGUGAAAGACAGCAAAUCGUCAUUAUACAAGCUCUCCUUCUGAUCAGCCCUUGGUGGCGUGACUAUGCCGAAGAAAAAGAUACAAGGUACUGGAUUGGGUGUGCUUGCAAGAUCGCUCAAACUAUGGGUAUGCACACACGUGUUGCCCCAACAUGCAAACUAUCAUUCGAAGAGAGGAGCAUUUGGCGGAGGAUAUUUUGGACAAUAUUUGCUCGCGAUCGAAACGCAUCGGUCGGAUUGGCUCGGCCGUUUCUCAUCAACAGUGACGAUGUUGAUGUCGAGCCACUUACUAUCGAGGAUUUCUUUGAGACACCUGUGGACAAGUCCCGCCAUACCACCUUUAAUGAUGGGUCGUCACUGUCUGAGGUAGACUUCAAUGCUUCGUCGCCCGUGCACAUCUUGUUCGCCGUGGAACUGGUCCGUUUCUCGACCCUUUUGGAUCGAAUCGCGAAGGCGAAUGUGGGGCAGCGCCUGGAACCAACCCGAUCAUUGGAGACUCUCACCACUUGCUACAACGAGCUUGUCCGUGAACCUCCCCGUACUCUUUCCCAAUUCUUCAGCGGCCGCGCCGAUAUCAAGACGAGGUCUGAAGUCGAUAACAUGUGGCUUACAUUCCUUCAUAUUAACUACGAACGCAUUGUUGCACUAAAUUGUCGGUAUCUUCAUAAAAUACUGUCGGAAACCGCCAUCACUCAUGCCGACACGCCUCGCCUUCAAGAUAUUCGAACUUCGAUUGUUCGGUCUGCUGCGAGGUCGAUCAAUCUGUAUGAAGAUCUGCUGGUCGUAGGCACGCUCAGGUAUUCCCAUGGGUUCAUGAAUACUGCCAUUUUCAUUGCUCUCCUGACCUAUGCGGAAGAGAUCAAAUUGGCACCCAAGGAAAGUCACCGUUUCAAGUCUGCGGCCAGCAAAUUCUCCAUGGGCCUCAUCAUUCUCGAAGAAAUGGGCAAAAACUGGUCCGUCCCCGUCUGGGCAAACAGCCUCUUCCAGUACCUGAGCUGUAACGAUUUCGCAAGACUACGACAGCUCCCGCAACGGCCUUCUCGAUGGUCUUCGCCUAGCUUACUCGAUCCACAUGGCGGCGGUCCUCCCUUCAGUGAACGAAGAGAAGGACCUUUUGACAAUUGUGGGGAUGCGAGUGUAGAAAGUGUGGUUGAUGAGUCAUGGCUAAUGGACUGUUUCACGCUACAAGAUAUCAACUCGUGGUUCCAGUUUGAUGACCACGAGAUCCAACAGUCUGUCAUGCAAAGCCAUGAAUGA